GUGUUUGUAAUUAUCGGGAAUAUAGAGGUUGUGAAGUAUGAAACCAAUUUUUCUAAUGUAUUUGUUGUGUUGAAUAUCCGUAAACGAGAAGGCGUUGCGGAGUUGACGGCUAAGGAAAACUUGAUAAAUUCUCAACGCGCGAUAACUACUGAGUGCCUUUCGCUAUAUAUUUCUGUGGUAAUCCGCUGUUAUCUUAAUAUUUUAUGUGUAUUAUCUUAUCGAAGAUUGUCACAACGCGAGCUCUACGGGUACAAUUGUUAGUUGUGCAGACCUGUCAUUGGACAAGAACAAAGACUCUUAGGGAGGAUUGUACAAUCAUGGACACCCAAAGUGUGAUGCUUAAUGAUUUGACUGGAGCAGGCACUAGACAGAAUCCAUCAACUUCUAGACACGUUCAUUAUGAAUCGUCCCAACUUCAAAAUGAUUUAAUAUCAUCUAUGCCAUCACACAGCCUUGGUGCAAGUGCCUCAAGCACAUUAAGAAAGCCAAGAAGCACAAAACACGUGACCACUGCUGAUCAUUUUGAGACAAUACCUAUACUACGGUAUGCAGACUCAGACUUGGAUAAUCAUGCAGGUCUUAUUGCUGGAGAAAUGGAAAAGGAUUCAGCUCUCAUGGAGGACAAUCCAGAGUCAGAACAAUUACGAAUUGACACCUUAAGGGAAAUGCCAGAGUCUCUGACAUUAAAAAGAGUAGUGAAGAAGAAGUUGCUGAAGAGAGUCAGUCAGAAGUCGAAGAAGAAACCUAUUGGCUGUUUCAAAAAAAUACGUUACAAAUUCAGUAUGCUAACAAAGAAGCUCAACCUUGCUGCUAAAGAUGUUAUAUAUAGUGUGGAACUUUGGUACAGCAGCAUAAAAGUCAUUGAAGGACAUUUCGGUAGCAGUGUGGCCACAUACUUUAGAUUCUUCCGCUGGCUUUUCAUGCUCAAUGUUGUUGUUGCAUUAAUCAACGUCUUGUUUUUAGCAAUCCCACAAAGCCUGUACAGUGCAUAUGAUGAGGACGAUGACACUAUGAACAAUACGGCAAUGGAAAACAGGAGAUCUCUCAUACUUUUCAAGAGAUUGAAAGUUGGGGAAAGUGAAAUCAACAGUGGUGAGAUGACAAUUUUCACUACACUGAGCUCAAGUUCGGAGUACUUCUCAUUUGCUGAUAUUUUUGUUGGUGAGGGUUCUUUCACCAAUAGCAUUUUGUAUUAUGGCCACUACACCAACACAUCAUUCUCAGUUUUCCCCAAUGUGGAGUACAGCAUGCCACUGGCAUACUUCUUCACUACCGCAUGUUGCUUUGGUUUGGCAUUUCUUGCACUAUCAUUGAGUGUUGCCAGAUCUUACAGAAAAGUCUUCAUUGAAACAUCAGGUGGGAUAAAAAAUGUAUAUGCUCACAAAAUAUUUUGCGGUUGGGACUACAGCAUUGCAACCACUGAAGCUGCUAAUCUGAAAUCAAAGAGUCUCUACAAUGAAAUAAAGGAACUUCUUGCUGAGGAUUACAAGGAGUUAAAGAAACACAACUGGAAAUCAUGGUUGAAAAUCAUUUUAGUACGUCUUGUGGUAAAUUUAUCAGCAGCUGCUAUUUUUAUUGGAACUGGAGCAGCCAUAUGGCUAGUGCUCGAAAAGAAACCACUUGAUUGGAACUAUAUGUUGCCCCUGAUUAUAACAGUUAUCAUGGUGGUAGCACCAUGGCUCUUGUCCAUUCUAUUAAGGCUUGAAGAUUAUGAGAGUCCUCGAAUAGCACUUUAUGUUAAUCUGGUAAGAGUUUUUCUUCUUGAAAUUGUUGCUAUCAUGGCUGUUGUGGUCUACUGGUUCCAUCCAUCCAGUUCUCAGUGCUGGGAGACAUCUUUAGGACAGGAGCUUUAUCGUCUUGUUAUUUUGGACUUUUUCAUUUCAACACUAGGAAGUUUCCUUAUAGAAUUCCUUCUUAAGAAAGUGGGCAGGAGUUCGUGUAUCAAAAUUGCUCCACCAGAGUUUGACAUUACACGAAACACCUUGAAUCUCAUAUACAAUGAGACUUUAGUUUUUGUAGGCUUUUUCUACAGCCCACUUCUUCCUCUUGUUGUAACAAUAAAAAUGUUUAUUACAUUCUACAUUAAGAAAAUUGGAACAUUAUAUAACUGUCAGCCUGCAAGUCGAUCAUGGAGAGCAUCACAGACGCAGACAGUAUUUCUUAUUUUGACAUUCCUUUCAUUGCUGGCUGCUGUAAUUGCAUAUGUCUACCUUAUUUCAUAUGUAAAUCUUUCAGAAGGAUGUGGUCCUUUCCAAAAAAAGAUGUCGGAUUUAAUAAUGGAUGAAAUGUUGACCCUGGAGGAAGGCCAUGUAAUAUGGAAAAUUUUAUUUUUUGUGACAAAGCCUGGUGUAGUUGGUAUUAUCCUAACAGGCAUGAUUUUCUUGGCAUUCUAUAUGCGUUCAAAAGCUGCAGCACAUGCUGAAAUGAUUGAGCUUCUAAAAGAUAUGUUGAUUAUAGAAGCAGAAGACAAAGAAUUUUUGCUUACAAAUAUUGCUAAAGUUACAGAGACACAAUACCCUGGAUGGUCAGAUGGCAGACCAAAACCUUCACCACGAAAAAUGAGGAAACGCCAGACAAACUGGGAUUCACCUUUAUCUGGUGAUCAUUCAGCUGCCCUCAAAGGAAUGAGAGCAAAGCAACCAUUCCAUCUUCGAGGGCAAGGGCACAAAAUGCGAAGAUAAGAAGAGCAGCCUCUUGGCACGUGAUGUGCUGAAUUGAAUUGUGUUUUACUACUACUGACUGAUGGUUUAUUGUACUUUAAAUCCAUCAUAAAAUAAUUGUUGUUUUAUUAUGUUGCUUUACAUUUUGCAAACAAGUUCUGUUUGUUUUCAUAAGGCAUUUUCUGAAGAUUAACAGUAUUAAAUAUUAAAUUUUUCAUUGUGUUACCUGUUGAACAUUAGUGUUGAAAUCUUUAUCAAAGUAGAAUUGACUGUAAUAUUGUUUAUUAAAUCAUUGACUAUUGUUAACUGUUUCUUCGAUCUCUAAUUUGUUAUUGAUAUAUAGUAUAUCAUUAAGUCUGAUCAUACUUGCUUUGAUUUAUCAGAUGACUAUAGAGGAUACAUUUUUUUCUGUUUUGUAAAUAAAAUGAAAGAUAAACUCAGAAAAUUUGUUUCCAGAACCUGGAUUUCUAGUAUGGGAAUAAAAUGUCGCUGUGCAGCUGUCCGCACUGUAGCCAUACUUCUAAUAGAUCCUGUCACUAUAGUACCCAUUACAGUGGUGGAGCUUUCUCAUAUGUCAGGUCCUCAUUAUUUGUUGGCAGAGGAAAUGAAAUACACACCAUAUUUGGUGUAGCUCCAUCCAUAAUAGUCAGAGGCAGCUAAAUCUGGUAUGCAGCAAGAGACUACCAAAAAUGUGGAUAUUGGAUAACAUUCCACUCAAAUAGAAAACAAAAUGUUGAAAAUCCUUCUGUGCCUGUGGUGGUAACGCACCGUGUUACAUACAUCUGGAAACUGUCUUCACUGGCACUUGGAUGGGGUACUAGUUGUCACAGAGUAUACUAAACAAAAAUUAUAGUCAAGUUCAUUGGUUUAUUUAAUCAGUUUCAUCAUUGUUAAAAAUGAAUUUCAUAACCUUCCAAUCUAUCUCACAGACUCAAAACUCAACAUAGUUCUUUUUAUAUCUUGUGUUUAGGCACUGUAAUAAUUACAUACACUCUGUUUUAUUGUAAACCAUUUCUUAGAAUUUGGUCUCCACAUUGUCAGUUAUAGUAGUUGAAGUUGAAAAGAUGAUAUAUCAAUAGAUUUUUUUUACUCCUUUGAGUUGUUCUGUGACUGAAUUAUGUUAUUAAUUAUUUAGAUAAAAUUUACCCAUUUAUGAUUUGUGAUGGGUGAAGCCCAAAAUAUUUGCACAGUGGUAGUGUUCUUCUGUGUAUCAGAUUCAAGCUUUUUCCAUUGGAGAUUGGUAUCUUUAUUGGCAUACAAUGGUGAAACUAAAAACAUCAUUGACAAAUUUGAGUUUGUCUUUCAUCAAAUUUGAACUACUCCUCCUCCUCGUGUGAAGGUAUAUGUUUUGUCCUCUCUUCAGUGAUGAAUAAUUUGAAGUGUCAAAGAUCUAGUCUGGUUUUGAAUUGUUCUAAAUGUGAUUUUUUUAUAGUUCCUUAUAAAUAUAUUGUUAACAUUCUUUAUUUUUUUCCACAACUACAAACAAUACUUUUCACUUUUACACUAGAUUCCAAAGAGGAGAAAUAGUUUAAACGUAAAUUUUUUCUAGUAGAUAAAUCAAAUGUUUCAUGGUGUUUUAGUAUUUCAGUCAGAUAUGCAGCAGUUCUAGAAUCAGUAUUUUAGUUCUGUAGUUUUCAGUAAGGUAUCCCUUUAAUAAACAUGUUGUAUUUGUUAAAAAUCCCAAAACAUCACUGACUUUGAGAAAUAAUAUUUAAUAGGCAGGGUUUUUGUAUUUGAGAGGAACAUUCAACUAUCCAAUUAGUGUUGUAAUUUAAUUUUCUUAUACAUUUAAUACCUAAACUAAGUUCUUAUUGAAUUGUCAAACAGAAUCAACAGUAAGUAGAUGAUUUAUUGUCAAAUUUUGUGAAGAUAAGGAUGUAUUUUGCAAUUUGAAUGCACAGGAUUACCUAAGUAUUCUUUAUGUCUUCAGUAGAUCAACUGUGGAGGGCUGUUGCUUCAGAUCAUACAAAUUUAAGAAUUGUGGUGAACUCGGACAAUUACUUAAAAUAUCAUUCUAUAAAGUUUUAUGGCCUAUUUGCAUUGUGUGUUGAUAGUUGAUCCAAGUUAUUGAGGGAAGCUGCAUACUCUCACUGCUUAGGAUUUGUAUAAUAAUUUCAGAUAGUUAUAUUAUGUGUGUGAAAUGUGCAUUAUUUAUUUCCACUUACCUGUAGAUAAGAGAAUAUUUACCUUCUGCAGUUAUAUGUUUACUUUUCUUUGAUACGUGGACUAACAAAAUAAAGCUAUAGCAAUCUAUGGCUAAUUGCAUAAGUUUUUAUUGUGAGACAGGUUGCUAUGCUAUUUUCAUUUUAUUGGAUGAUGAUAUAAAAUAGAAAUAAGGCAAAUAUAUGUCAUCAAUAUAUUCAACAGUUUGCACCAGAACAAAUGUUUCUGCUCCAACCCUUAAAUUUUAGUGAAUUACACCUGGUAUUAACACGUAUCACUAAAAUUAUUGGAGAAAAUUGAACAUUUCAGUCAGAAUGAGUGAAAAAAGAUUUCCCUCAUAUUCACAUAAGGUAUGAAAUCUCACUUUAAAUCAUGUUUGUAAUGGUGUCUUACUAUGUCCAUAAAUUUGACGUUUGAAAGCCAAUAAGAUGAAAUGUCUCCAAAAAUUUAUAGUCCAAUAUCAGACAUAACAAAAUGCCAAAGUUCAAUUACAUUUGCUCAUUUUAAUUAGUGAUCCAUUAAACUCUAAGUGUCUGACAACUUUAACUCAACACAAUCAAAAUUGAAACCUCAAUGGAACAAUGUUUUUACAGAAUAAGUAUAGACUCAGAUAACAGUGCUUUUGUUUCACUUACUUUAGUAAUUUGCAGUUAUAUUUCUUGACUUCAUUUAUGCAGUGUUGUGUGUUGAUUGCAGUUGUUUUGAAUAUAGUGACUUGUUCAUUUCUAAAUAUAUACCAAAGAUAGUUAUGGACCAGUGUGUUGCUGAAUUUAAUAAAGGUUUCAUAUAAUAAACUGAGACAUGUGUCAUUGAUCAUCAAUGUGAAAAUAUGACACUGUUAUUUAUUAUAUUGAUGCAUAUUUGAAAUAAAAGAUGAUGAGUUA